AUGACUACCAAAGAAAAGCAACAUGGCGCUAAAGAAAUUGACGAUGUCGAUGCCUACAAAGCUCACGGGGACGUUAUUGAAGGACAGGCCUCUGCCAGGGUAGGGGUACUGCACCGUCGGCUUGCCAAUCGGCAGAUCCAGCUGGUGGCCAUUGGAGGGUCUAUCGGGACUGGUCUGUUUAUUGCCAUUGGCACUGGGCUUUACAAAGGUGGUCCAGCCAGUUUGUUGAUUGCGUUCAUCAUCGAGGCCCUCAUGGUCGGGAUGCUCAACAACUGCCUGGCUGAGAUGACAACAUACAUGCCCGUGAGUGGUGGCUUUAUCAGGCUGGCAGGUAAAUGGGUUGAUGAAGCCUUUGGGUUUAUGGCUGGAUGGAAUUUCUUUAUCUAUAUGGCGCUUACGGUGCCUUUUGAGAUUUCCGCCGUCAAUCUACUGCUGGAGUAUUGGCGGGAUGAUAUCCCGGUUGUUGCUGUCUGCAUUGCCUGUAUUGUUGCUUAUGCAUUGAUUAACCUCCUCGCCGUCGGCACCUACGGAGAGGCUGAGUUCUGGCUCAGCGGGGGCAAGGUCAUCUUGAUCUUCAUGCUGUUCCUGUUUACAUUCGUUACCAUGGUCGGAGGAAAUCCUCAAAGCGAUGCAUAUGGAUUUCGCCAUUGGAAUGUGCCCGGUCCCUUUGCAGCCCAUGGUGGCGGUAACAAGCUCGCUCGCUUCGAAGGCUUCUUAGGCGCACUGUGGAUUGCCCUAUUCACUGUCGUUGGGCCGGAGUAUAUAUCCAUGGUGGCGGCAGAGGCCAGGCAUCCUCGGAUAUAUAUUAAAAAGGCCUUUAUAACAGUCUACUGGCGUUUCGGAGUCUUCUUCGUGGGGGGUGCUCUAUGCGUUGGUAUUCUGGUCGCAUAUAACGAUCCCCUUCUCGCCAGCGCCAUUGAAAGCGGCAAGUCGUCGGCCGCCGCCUCCCCCUACGUGAUUGCCAUGUCCAAUCUCGGUGUUGGUGUACUGCCUCAUAUCGUCACUGCUCUUAUGGUGACUACCGUCUUUUCCGCUGGGAAUACCUACACUUAUGCCGCCACUCGAGCACUCCACGGUUUGGCGGUUGGCGGCCAGGCACCGCGCAUAUUCGCUAAGACGACCGCAAAGGGCAUACCUAUCUUCAGCUUCGGCGUUGUUAUGGCCUUUGCCUGUCUCUCCUUCCUCCAAUUAUCUGGUGGUUCUAUGCAGGUGCUGGAAUGGUUGAUCAGCAUAACUACUGCCAAUAUCCUGAUCGACUAUAUCAUCAUCACGACCACCUACGUGUCUUUCUAUCGAGCUUGCAAGGCUCAAGGCUUCGAUCGAUCAAACCUUCCCUACUUCGGUCGGUUCCAGCCAUACUCUGGCUAUAUCUCGCUCAUCUGGAUGAUAGCCAUGGCUGGGUGUUUUGGGUAUGAAAGUUUCACGCCCUGGUCUACGUCUACGUUCUUCCUUAAUUAUACAAUGGUUCUGCUGGCCCCUAUUAUGUUCAUUGCUUGGAAGGUAUGGAAAAAGACAAGGUGGUUGCGUCCGAAUGAGCUGGACUUGACGUGGGAGGCAGAGCUUAUAGCGGCGUAUGAGCAGACGGAGGAAGAGCAACCAACGGGCUUCUGGAGGGAGAUGGUGCAGAUGGUGAAUUUCAAGCGCUUCUAUUCAAAUAGGCACGUGGGGACUGUGGUUUAG